CGCCCCACGCUCAGAAAGCUCCUGAACCUCGUUGCAUGUAGGCUGAUUGACACUACGCCCAUAACUAACACCACCACCAUUGUUCAUCCCAAGUAACAUCUUAAAACCAAUCCUCUUGACUCCCGCGGUCUCUCUCCACCGACCAUUCCUGCGUCCGUCUGUUGGUAAAGCCGUGAUCGCGAAGCCUUGGCGAGAUGGGCGACUUGGCUGUCAUCGGUCAGGCUCCAGUCAUGGCGGGCGACCCUGUUGACGAAGUUAUGGUGAAUGGCAUGGCGUCGGAGAGCAAGGAGAACGUAGAGGGACUUAUCAAUGGUGUGGUGGAACUGACUGAGCGUGUGAAGCGCCGUGCCAAGCGUCCUUCCAAGUUCAUGACCAAAGAGUUGAGUCGGGCGAACUCCGACACGCAGGUGAUAGCCCCGCUGAGGGCGCUCAAAAACUCGCGCAAGUCCCGUAAUGGCUUCGGACGCGGCCUGCCCAAGAAAGGUGGAGCAGGAGGCAAGGGAACCUGGGGAGCACUGGGAUCUGAAUUGGCAGAGGAGGAGUUGGAUGGAGCCAUCGACUCCAAUGAUCCUAACUAUGAUGAAGCCAACCCUGAGAAUAGGGAGUACAAGAUCAAAGUGAUUAAUCUUGACCGUUCCAAUGAGGAACUGCAGAAACAAAUCUCAUCCCUGGUGGCCGAGUACUUUGACCACGGGGACACCCAUGAAACAUACCUGUCCCUGGAGGAGCUGCAGGUGUCAACGCGGGCACACCUGGUGGUUGUGUCGGCGGUGGAGCUUGCCAUGGAGCAUAAGCCCUCUCACAGGGAGAUGACCAGUGUCCUCCUGGCGGACCUGUAUGGUCACCUUCUCUUUGAGCCUCACUAUGCCAAAGGUUAUGAUACGCUUAUAAAGAACCUUAAUGAGCUUGUGCUGGAUACCCCAGAAGCUCCCACCAUCCUGGGCAACUUCAUCGCGCGCUCCAUUGCCGAUGAUUGCAUCCCUCCCAAGUUCCUUCAGGGUUACAAAGGCAAGGUUGACUGUGAGCAUGCGGUUGUGACCUUGGCGAGGUCGGACAGCCUCUUGUCAAUGCGUCACGGGCUGGUGAGGCUGGACAAUGUGUGGGGAGUUGGGGGUGGGACCAGACCUGUGAAAUACCUGGUGAAGCAGAUGGUUCUGCUAUUAGAGGAGUUUUUGUCCUCCUCUGACAUUGCUGAGGCCACAAGAUGCCUUCAAGAACUGGAGGUGCCUCAUUUCCACCAUGAACUGGUGUACGAAGCCAUUGUGAUGGCUAUAGAAAAAAUGGACACGCGGACCUCUUCGAUGAUGUGCGAGUUGCUGGAUUCUCUGCACCGUGCCAUCAUCAUUACACCCACACAGAUGAGGGCUGGCUUCCUGAGGGUGUAUGAGGAUAUGCCGCAGAUCUGUGUGGAUGUGCCUCCCGCCUACACUAUUUUAGAGAAGUUCGUAUUGCAGUGCCAGACACUCAGGAUUGUAGGGGAUGAUGUGGUGAAGAAGCUGCCUGUUAGGGGCCGCAAGCGUUUCGUGUCUGAGGGUGAUGGAGGCCGGGUGAAGGAUGACGCCUACUUCUGAGCAGUAAACCACAUUCCCAGGAUGCCACCACGGGAGGAAAUCAAGUGGAAGUUUUAGUUGAUGUUUGCAUUGUAGUUUUUGUUUUUCUUGGAAUGCAUUUCCUAACAUGACAAUAUUGUUGGUCUGUAAUGUUAGUAUAAGACUUUAACUAUGGGUCCUGAAUAUUAUCAAAGUUUACUUUUUCUUUAUACACAUAAUAUGUAAAAUGUAACUCACACAUACACACAUGAAAAUGGCAAUCCUAUCCCAGGCAUGAUUUUUCUAUUUUUGUUUUAAAAUUCGGUGUGUGACUCCUGUGUGGCAUCCUAAGCACAGCUCUUCAGGUGGACAGAGACAGAGUCUGCUGUGUGUUGCUGGAAAAGAUCUCCUCAACACAUGGAGGCUGUUGCUAUGUGGACUUGCGUUUCCGCGUUGUUUACCCUGUGCUUGGCCUCAAACUUGACAUGUUUUUAAGUUUCUGUACUGUGUGAUACAGACUAUCAUUAAAUUUCUGUACUAUGUGAUACAGAGGGUUAGAAAAGGCCAUUUUGUAUCAAGUGUGCAUCCUUUUCUAUUUUUCUUGUGAACUUGGGCAUCAACUCUUGUGUAAACAGGUGGAAACUGCUUGUACUGUAGACAGGUAGUGCGUUGCUUCAUUAGGUCCCCACACAAUAUGCUUACUACCACUUCUUUAGCUGAAGACACAAGGACAUGGAUCUACAUGAAAACUAAGAGUAACAGGGGAAACUUUUGUACGUGGAACCCUUGUAUCAUUUUUAAUUACAGAACAUAAAUUUUUGCAGCGGCAGGCAAUUUAACGCCCAACAGCCGUGUGUUGUAAUCCAUGUGCUGCACUUCUGUCAAAGGAAUGGAGAAGUUAGCUUGCUCCCAACAGUCUCCUGCUGGCGUGGUCGUCUCUAAGGAUUGGCUGGAAGACUCACUGGGACGUGGUCAGCCUAUGAAAAGCGGUAAAAUUUUGACGAUCAUGUUGGCAACUCUCAAGCUUUUAUCGGUCCCUACUGAGCUGUACCUGUGUAUUAAUCAUGCAUAUACUUGUUGUUGCAAAUAGCAAGGGAUUCAUUGCUCAUUUGUGAAUACUAUUUUUUCUAUUGUGAAGACUAUAGGGGAGGAAAUAUGUAAUGUUUCUUCAUCAUAGUGACUUUCUUUUUGUCUUUUAAGGUUCUCUUGCCAAGUUGAGCAAGAGCUGGAAGUACAAGACUAAGUUUAGUUUUGAAGACUGCCAAAAAAAAUACUAUAAAAAUAAAAAAAAGAAACAUUGAGGUCUGGCCUUUCCAAAGUGAGAGGGGCCUGGGACCACUUAAGAGGAUUGGUGUCAACCCUUGUCAGGGUAGAUGCAUGGUGAGGCCAGUGUGCCUGAAUUACACUAGCAUUUUUUGUUUGUGUAGCAGUUACCAAAAUUGGCAUCUUUUUUGUGUGUGAAUUUCAAUUGCUUUAUAUGAUGUGAGUUCUAGGAUUUUUAGGUGAUUUUUUUUGUGUACCACUACAGCUGGCCUCAGAGGCUGUUAUUAUGCAUCUGGUUCUGACAAGGUUUUAUAAUCAUCUUGGGAAUAACUGAACAUUGCAACUGUGCAAAAAAAGUACAAAAAAAUGGCAAAACUGAGAAAAAGCUAAAUAAAAAUUGCAAAAUCA